AUGACUGAGCCCGGCCGCGCAUUCACGAUUACCUACUGUACGUACAUACCCAGUCACGACUCUGCCCGCGUAUUCGUGAUUGCACAUCGCGAUCCGGGAUCACUUGGCGCGCAAAGUCGUGAUCCUAAAGCAUCCUCGUCCCACCUUUCAUCUCUUCGAUUCCCUCAACUGUGCUCCAUUCGGAUCCGCUCGUCCGUCAACACCUCACACCUACCUCGAAUCCUUUUCUUCCCGUCCACAGACGGCACGGCUGUCCUAUCUCGUAAGCUCCGCCAUCUAGCCCGCGGAAACUUUACUUCUCCUGCUGAUUCGAACACCCGGACCACUGUGCCUUUGGACUUCGAAGGGCGGCAUAGUCACCUAUUAUUUCGCCUCGACGAGCGCUCGCUCUUUUUGUUCAGUCCACUCCAUUCCCUCGUGAUCGGCACAGACAUUGCCUCAAAUCCAGGGUCUAGUCAGCGCGAGGACCGGAGUCUAGUCUCGAGAGCUGGUGCAUGCUCAACAAAACCUACAGCUCUGCAAGUUGUACCUGGCUUCCCGUCCUUCGCCCAUUCGAGCAGGUCUAUCACGGCAGCAUACACGCACAAUGAUUGUGAGUAGCUCAGCGACGGUGUACAGACGCGGAUCGGAUGGGCAGCGUGCAAGGCGUUCGGAAGCGGGAGCAGACAAUCGAAAUUCUCCGAAGUCAUCUAUCUUGAUUCGCCUCACGCCAGCAAGACGCGCCACCCCGCGCGCUCAAUCUUGCGCCUCAUCCUUGUUCGCCGAAGGCCCGACGAAAGUCUGACAUUGUUCGCGCAUCUCCAUCCCUCUCAGAUCUCUCCACUGCGACCAGCAGCCGCGCUGGCCUCAGCUCUGGCACUAGCUUCCACGGCUUUUGCUGCCGACCUCACCAUCAGUGCACCCACCAAUGCUCAAGAUGCUGGCUCAUUAUCCGUCGUCUUGGCCCCGUCUUACGCAGGAAUGGGCAUCGAACCCUCAAAUCUUCUUUCAUUCACUGGUACGACGAGUCGCAACGAGUUGACCUACCAACUCCUUGCCAAUCUCGGAAACUAUACGGGCAAGCCUUCGCAUAUUCGGCUAGGCGGCAAUUCGGGCGACAACAUGCUCUACAACGCAAAUGUCAACAGCUAUACCCUGAUAGACAAUCCAAACAGCUCAGGGCAAGGUGUUGUGGCCACGGAUGCGUACUAUUAUGGUCCCAAUUACUACAAAGCCUUGGACAUGCUGCCAAAAGGCACACCCAUCACCUAUGGGCUGAAUUUGGCCUACACGGGUUCGGACGCUUUCGAUCGGAUUGUAGAGCAAGCCAAGAUCACAUUUUCGAGUCUUCAGAACGUUGAGAUCGUGGGACUCGAAAUAGGAAAUGAGCCAGACCUGUUUUUCGUCAACGGGUACCGGCCUCAAUCCUGGACGUCCGCCGAUUACGGAGUCGAGUGGUCUCAACGUGCGGCUGCCAUCUACAACGAAGUACUCAAGCCUCUCAACUUGCCUUCCAACUUCUUUGAGCCUGCUGCCACCGCCACCACUGCAACGGACCACGGGCACCAAUUCCGCAUCUCCAACUUGGUUGAUACCGAAGUCGCUACCGGCAAUGGUAUCUACGUCGCCGGGUGGAACCAGCACGACUAUUACUAUUACGUCAACGUCAGCACCUACACUCUCACAGCGGACUUGCUGCUGGACUUCAGUACCACCAGGUCUCAGCUCAGCGAAUGGUCCAGACAGGCUCAACAAGCGGCGGUGACGGGCAAGCCUUACUACCUGCGUGAAAUGGGAAGUGUCGGCCCUGGCGGUCUACCUGGCAUCAGCGAGACUUUUGCAAACACGUUGUGGACCUUCAACUUCUUCUUGUACGCCGCGACGCAACAAAUGUCAUCCGUCCAGAUGCAUUUGACCGACGUAUCGCUCGGAUCACCUUGGCAACCCACUACUAUCAAUGGUAUAGCUCCACACGUGCGCUCAUCCUACUACGCGUACGCCGCCAUGGCGCAGAUCAUCGGUGCCAAGUGCAACACGCGUAUCGGUAGCAUUGAUGUGUCGGGACCCUCCAGCUACAACAAUCGUCUGACCGCUUAUGGAUCAUAUCAGAACAACAAACUGAAUGCGAUAGUCCUCAUCAACUCGCAGACCACCCAGUCCACCAGCAGCAACAAGCCGUCUCUGGCCGUCGACUUCCAAGUGCCCGGCUUCACCGGUACUGCGUACGUAUCGACGCUGAUCGCAUCGGGAACGGACUCCUCCAAGGGCACUACCUGGAAUGGCAUGUCGUACGAGCAGUCUAACAACGGCGCUCCCACAAGAUCCGGACCAGCGGUGCAGCAAGUGCAGAUCAAUAACGGUGUCGUCUCGGUGAACAUCAGAGACGGAUCAGCGAUCGUAGUCGCCUUCGGAUCGGCGUUGGGUUCUGACACGACAGUCGAUGACAAAGCAUGCAACGCUCUCGCUUCUACAUCUUCGGAAGGUGGUGCCACCUCUACUGAUGGAAGUACUGGUGCUGCGCCCACCUUCAAGGCCACAAACGGGUUCCGAAGCGAUCAAGUACUCACGAAGGAGCAGAUCAUCGGCAUUGCAGCAGGCGGCGGUGCAUUCAUCAUCAUUGCUCUCAUCUCGAUCAUCGCACUUUGCGUCGUCUGCUGCCGCCGGCGGUCAAGGAGGAGACAAGCGCUCGCAGCAGGUGCAGCAGCCAGCUACGAGCCAAAGGGCGCGAAUGGCGAUGAGGGAUACACAUACGGUAACUUGGGAGGCUACAAGUCGGGCUAUGCGCGUCCGUACGACUCACCCAAGCCUUACCGCGAGUCGGGAGGUUUUGACUCACCUCGCACCUAUGCUGGAUCCGGAUACGACAGCCCACGAAGGAAGGAUUACCCCAUCGAGAUGGAGGCCACUUCGCCACGUUUCGCCAACGCGGCACGCCAUCAGUCUGAUAACGCCAGCGCGGGCAGCAGACGGCCCCUCAUCGCCUAA